AUGGAGGUCACCGCUCUCUGCGUCACUCUGUAUAUCAAAGUGUUGAUGCUGCUCUUUGCACAGUUUCACCUAAAUUCAGCUCAGGACGCUCUGAUCGUUCCCACCAAACUGCAGGUCUUUGAAUACAGCUCCGUCUCCAUCAACUGUCAGGGCUCAAACUCCACCACUGGGUGGACCGUCAUGAGGAAGAUAAAGGGAAAGGUCGGUGAGUGUGUGAGCACCUGGCUGACGACACCAGCGACCAGCUGCGCCAUCAAACCUGUGUACUCAACAGACGGCGGAGAAUACUGGUGUGAGGCUGGAGAGGAGAGAAGCAACGCCGUCAACAUCACCAUCACCGGUGGCUCAGUGAUCCUGGAGAGUCCUGUCCUCCCUGUGAUGGAGGGCGACACUGUGACUCUGCGCUGCAGAAGCAAAAUGACCUCGUCUGCCCUCAUCGCUGAUUUCUAUAAAGACGACCUCCUGAUCGGCACCAGCUCCACUGGAGAGAUGAUCGUCCACAGUGUCUCUACAUCUGAUGAAGGACUUUACAGAUGCAGCAUCUCUGAGUUUGGAGAGUCGCCGCAGAGCUGGCUGGCUGUCAGAGCAGUUCCCAGGGAGACUCCGCCCCCCUCAGACGACUCGUGCCACGCUUACCUCGUGUUAAGGACCAUUUUCACCAUUGUAAUGGUGGCUCUGCUGCUGCUGCUGGUGGGACUGCUCCACUGCGGGAAACUCAGAGUCACACAAAGUGUCACUGUCUCACACUCACAGGCAGAGACGACUGCCACCGUGAACAAGACAGGCGAGUCAGUGACGGAGGACACUGAGGGCGGAGUUAGUCUAUAAGAUGAUGUAGUCCAGGUGAUAUGUUGGUGUUUUUUAAUUGGUCGAUACUUCCAUCUCUUCAUCCUGUUUGGGAAACCAUCACCGCUGUAGUGUUUUCAUGUUACUCUCUUCCAUCUGCUUUUCAUGCAGCUUGACUCUGAUGUUUCAGCUCAGCUGUGAGCAACAUGAACACGCGUGUCAGCCUUCAUUAGACGGGUCGUAGAUGUCUUGUGUCU